UAACUCAAUAGUGCACGCUAUUGGGUUUACCAUUUGUUAAAUGAUUCCUGCAGUGGCCAACUACUCUGGGCUAGGCCAAUAACUAUACAUUCCUCGAAAUUAAUACACUUUUUUUUAUAUACAAACAUCUGAGCAUCUGAAUGUCUGAGCGAUUCACUGCAAAUUUAAAAGAACGAUACAUCACUUACAAACUUGAAACAACCGAACUAAAGCUAUAGUAGCUUGCAAUCUAUUGUGACUGAAUUCCGAUGAUGGCGGUUAACACCUAGAAAACCGUACACUCACAAGGCGAUAAGAAGUGCUCCUGCGAAAUCUGUAGUUGGUGGUAAUAACCUCUUUAUGUAGCGAACAUGCAUGAACAGAAACCUUCAAUUCGGCUAAUUUACGUUCCAUAAUAUCACUAAAUAUAGAAAUACUGGUCCUGAUACUGAAUUUCUUCAGCACUAAAGAACUUGUAGAUGCAAAUAUUCCGUAAAUUAAACAUUUUUACUUGCAUUUGUCAUUCAAUAGGAAGAUGCCAAUAUUACCGAAGUAUCUUUAUUGAUGAAGUCAACAGGGAAGAACUCGUUAAACUUGGACAAAUUGAGAAGGGGGAAUUUUUCGGUGAAUCAACCCUUCUCGAUUCCAGUCCAUGUUUUUGCAGUGUAGCAAGUAUUGGUCCUGUAACCUGCUUCCUGGUCAACAAAUGGGCGUUAAAAACGAACGAAAGCGUUAUUCAAAUCCUGCGUCAAAACCGUCGCUAUUUCUUCAAUGACGAUGACAUCAAGCAUUACAUCCGGGACAGUGAUAUCUGGCAGAGCUUUAAGCGGUGCACGAUCACUGGUCUUUUAGAGAUGACGGGAAAAUGUGACGCGUCAGUUGACAAGAGCGAAAUGACUCCUACACUUUCAAGGGCUGUAGAUUAUGGAGAUGCUAAAAGGGUUUUAUUGAAAAACCCAAAUCAUGACGAUGAAAUACCCGGUAAACCAAGGGAAGCCGAGAAGCUGUUCGUGCCUCCUCGCUCAAGACGACGGUCAUCCGCCAUCCUAAACUGCAGCGCGGCUGCGGUAGUUAAAGCAGUUUUAUUGUUGAGAAAAAACUCUAAAAAUGACGCCGACAACAAUUUCAGUUUUCCUUUUCCUACGAAACCAAGCAGUGCGCCAGCAAGAGGUUAUCAGCGCCGAAAACUUCAUGGGAAAUGGAAGUCUCCAACAGUUGGUCAUCGACCAAAGAGUGUCAGAAGUCAGGAAGCAAAGGAUGGUUCAAAACGCGGUUCAAAUGGUAGAGUGUCUGUAUUUGGUCGUAGCAAUGAAGCUUCACCUCGAACUAACAUCAAAAGCCAGAAUAAAAUUGGUGACCCAGGGAGGGAUAAUUACAAAAAGAAACUAUCAAGCAGGGAGACAACAAAGAAGAAAUUAAAGGCCGCUUUCAAAGUCUCCCCUACUGCAGAGAAUACUAAAGAAGCAACGAUAAAGGUCAAAAACAGAACGAACAGCCUAAGCUUUCUUCCUUCUGUUGCUAUGGAGAGAAACGUUGCUCAAAAGCCUAAUGUUGUCAUUAAAGAAAUUAUCAACACCGGAAUUCCUGGUCGGCGGUUUUCUCCCAAAAGUUUUCGCAGAUUUGAGAGAAGUCUAUUUGACAUUCUAGAUAAUCCACCAAACUAUAAACAAAGCUCAUCCGAUGAAGAAUCUUCCUCUGCUACUAAAAGCCUAGUUUUAAAUCCAUGGAACAUUUCUUUAGUUGCCAGUAAAUGGAUGUCCACUGUUCGACAAGCACAGCGGAAGAAAAAUUCGCAUUCUCCGGAGGCGAUUCUUGACGAUACUGGACAGCCGCCGAUCAUUGUCAUUGAGGACUGGGCACCAGGUGCAGCGCUUAGCGAACCAGAAAGCGCAGAAACCGACGCUCAACUGUCAUCGAAUAGAAAGGCGCCAACGAGAAGGACGAGCCGGACUCCUACCCCUAUUCUAGAUGACGUCACAGAAGAGAGCGAAGAAGAGAUUCAGAAGUAUGAGCACGAGCUGAUGCCCUCUCAAAGGUUAGAAUUCUACGCCACACAGAAUCGUUAUGGACAAAAAUAAUUCACCUUCCCUUUCUUGGUUGAACCGCUUGAAACUCAUUACUAUAAUGAUCGAGAGAUAUUGUACCAAGAAAUCCAAGACACCAUGAUAUGCAGCAGUUCAAAGCAGUUGUUUCUAAUGAAAAAAAUUCUUCUAAUCUCAUUUCCUCUUUCAAAAUGAUAAAUUCUUUGGGACAACCCUAAUUAUAUACGUAUAUUAACAUUGAAAACU